AUGGCUCUGCCACAAGACCAUAUUCGAGCGAUAGAUCAGCUGCGAUCGCGCCUCGCGCAAUUGUCUUCCUCGAUAGCACAUCUCAAAGGCACCCUCGAGUCCAAUGACCCGCUUCCAUCAUGGCCUACACUCCAAGCUGCCUCAACGGCUCUAGGUGCGCAUAUGGGGGAGCUUGCUCAGACAUUGAACGCGCAACGUCAACUCUUCACUUCGCUUCACCCAUAUCCUCUGCCCAGCUUUCCAGGAAACACGCAAGAAGGGCUCCUGCAGCAAUUGCUACGGAAGAAGCCUGAGCCGAGAGCCGAAGAAUGGAUCGAGGAGACCUUGAAGAUCGAUGCGGAGGAAAGCAAGGCAGAUAAUGGCAUCGGUGCUACUCGGGGUACUGUAGCGGUUCUAAGCGGUGAAGAGACGAGGGAUCUGUGGGAGUGGGCCGGUGCGACCACUGCUGGGAAGAUUGAGGAGAUGGUUGACAAGGGCCUGUUCGAAGAUGACUACAGCAUCAAGGAGCGGAAGGAAGGCGUAAAAAGUGUCGUGACUGGGCUCAAGAGACAACUUGAUGACAGCAGCUCGACAGGCGGGACACCUAAGAGCGAAGAGGACGUCAAGAUGGAG